CAUCCACAACUUCGAGGAGGUCCUGAGGCGGAGGCUCCGGGGACGAAUGAGGGCUUCAUGGUUGUCUCCGUCUGUCAGGAGUGGAAUAGCUAUUACAACCCAAAGAAAAGAAUUAACAGAUUGUGAAGCACUCCUGGAAAUUGUCCUUUCCUCCCCUCUCUGUACUGAAUGCCCUCUCCCGCUUCCCGGAGGAGAACUAUGAAGAGCCGCUCCACAACUCCCCCUUUGCACGUCCAUGUGGAUGAAAAUACCCCUGUCCAUGUCCAUAUUAAAAAGGGUCAGAAAACACCUCCACCUCCACCUGCAAAAGCCCAGCAAAAGCACAAGCAGAAAAUGAAAGGGGAUACCGUGAAUGUGCGCCGCAGUGUCCGAGUAAAAACCAGAGUCCCCUGGAUGCCCCCCGGCAAAACAUCUUGCAGAGAGUCAUCAUACAAGUGGGAGGGACCGACCCAUCGCCUGGAAAUCACUCCUCCAGAUUCAGAAAAAUUACUGUCAGUGCUUCGCCUGAGUGACCUUUCGACAGAAGAGGAAGACGCCAUUCACUGCAAAAUGAACAAGUACGAGAAGAAGAUCGACAGCUUGCUGAAUGUGGUGGGCACGCUGAAAAAACGAGUUUAGCUGUGUCCUCAGGUCAAAAUGCCCAAACGGGACGAUGCACGGUGCGUGGCCAAGCGUCUCCUUGAAGAACAGAAGGAAGAGCUGGACGAAGUCACUCAGGAACUAGUUGAGACGGAACAUGAGAACACCGUUCUCCGGCGCAAUAUUGAACGUAUGAAGGAAGAGAAAGAUCUGAGCAUACUCCAGAAGCGGCACUUAAUGCACGAAAAGGAGUGCUUGAUGUCAAAGCUGGUGGAGGCGGAACUGGAUGGAGCGGCGGCUGCUAAACAGAUCCAAGCCCUGAAGGACACGAUUGGCAAACUGAAAUCGGAGAAGCACAUGACAGUUUCAGACAUCAACACACUCACUAGGCAAAAAGAGCUGCUCUUGCAGAAACUGAGUACUUUUGAAGAAACCAAUCGAACUCUCCGGGACUUGCUUCGAGAGCAGCACAGUCGAGAGAAAGAUUCUCAGAAACUAGCAGAGCAGCAAGCAGCACUCAUGAAAAGGCUGACUGAUUCAGAUGCAGAGAAAGCGCAAUUGGUAAAGAAGUUACAAGAUAAAGAAAAGGAAGUUGAUGAGCUAAUGGUUCAGAUACAGACAGAAAAGGACCAAGCCAAGACUGCUGCUGAGCUCACAAAAUCUAUGGAAGCUGUGCGGGGACAUUUGCAGGCACAGCUGCGCAAUAAAGAAGCCGAGAAUCACCGCUUGGGCAUCCAGAUCCGGAAUCUGGAACGUGUUGCGGCUCAACAUAAGGCCGAAGUGGAGAACAUCAUGGAACAGCUGAAGGAGCUAAAGGCAAAGGGAGAGCGGGACAAGGAGGGCCUGAAAAAUGCCAUAAAAGCACAGAAAGAGCGAGCAGAACGGAGCGAAGAAUAUGCUGAUCAGCUGAACGCCCAGCUAGCGGAAAAGGAUACCUAUGUUGCGGAGGCCUUGUCUACUUUGGAGUCUUGGAGAAACCGCUACAACCAAGUGGUGAAAGACAAAAGUGACCUGGAGGUUGAGAUAGUGAUGUUGAACAGCCGUAUUUCAGACCUGGUGGAUCAGCAAGCUGCUAUGGAGGACAAGAUGCGGGAAGACAGGGAUGCUUUGGUUGACAAGCUCCACAAGCAAGUCACGGAGAGCACUUCCUUCAAAAUUGAGAAUGAGAGGUUGAAGAAUAGCAUGAUACCAGUGGAGGAGAGGAUGAAUGAAGCGCAGAAAGAAAUAACAAAACUCAAAGCCUCCCUCAAGAAUUAUGAAGGCCUGAUUGAAACCUACAAGAAUCAGGUGGUGAAAACACGAAUGGAGGCUGAUGAGGUGACUGUGAAACUGGAACAGUGUGACAAAGAGAACAAAGCACUGAAAGAGGAAAUGAGCAAGGAAAUUGAGAAUGCUCGUAAGCAGUUCCAGAACCAGGUUGCUGAGUUGGAAAAGCUUCCUGAGAUCUUGAGGAUCACUGAGACCAAACUGGCUGAGUGUCAGGAUCAGCUCAAGAGUUAUGAGAAGAAGAACAUGGACCUGUCAGCCAUGAUUACGGACCUCCGCCAGCGGGUAAGGGACUGGCAGAAGACGCCCACACGAACCUCAAGCCGGGGACCAAAAUGAGCCACCUUUAGCAUCA